UUAUGGUAAUUUCUUCACGCACCACUGACGCACAUCCAAAGACCCGCUGAAAUUCAAAGUGUAGUUUGAAAGGCUUCAAAUAAACAAAGUCGUUUGAAUCUUCUCCGCAGUUUAUGCCCAGUCGUGACUUGUUUGCUUGACCUAAACGGACACUUCUGUUGAGGAAGAUCAUGGAUGGGGAAUUUCGAAGUGGGUUGUCGACAGCUUUGAAGAGACAUAGAGACCCUUUGUCUGACACAGAGGACAAUGUCCACUCAUCGUCGUCUGAGGUCAAUGAUGUUCAGAAGAGGCUUCGCCUGGAGGUGUUGGGCGAGGAGAACGUCAGCCCUACCAAGAGGUCUUCAUCUAGAGACCGCCUCCGCUGUGCAGAGCUGGUGAAGCCAGACACCCCUGCUCUCUGCUCUGUCCGCUCCAGAGUACAGCAACUAACUCAGGGAGGGCAUGUGCUGGCUCAGAGAUGCCUCUCUGAUCCAGGAUCUGGGGUACCAUCCAUUAAAUUCCAGGAUGGAUUCAAAGAGCACCAUCUUAUUGGUGAGGCAGAAUUCAGUUUGCGGGUGGAGCGGUUUAGAUCCCCCACCACUCCUCAGGCCAGCCCCCUGCCAGCCAACCGGUGUCCCCGUACCCUCUCCAACGCCGUUACCAACUUACAACUGAAACUUGAGGCCAGCGACACGCCCAGCUCCAAACAAGCCUCCCGCAUACGCCAGGAGAGGGAGGAGGAGCUGCGUCUCCUAAGGGCCCAGCCAAUCACAGAGAAUGUCUUCCUAAAGCGAAGCUUCUCUGAUUCCUCACUGACUGAGAGGGCGACCCCACCCGUCUCCUCAUUCUCCCCUUGGAUGAUGGUUAGACGUAGCAGGAGACUGCAGUGGCCACCGUUCCAACCAUGGAAUCAGGCAGACCUCAAUGUGACUGGUGAUGAACCUUUUGGGGUGAAGGACGGCAGCUUCACCGAGACGCCUGUCUUCGCUAAGGUCCGUGGAGUGGAGCCUCCAAUUCAAGACACCGGUGAGGUGGCAGAGUCCUCAGUUCAUAUGGAUGUCCCACCACAAGAGGUGGAGGAGACACACAUGGCUGAGGAGCAGGCAAAGGCGGAGUGCACUAUGGACAUUUGUCAGGGAAAUUCUCUGCCAGAUAAACAACAUGAGGCAGCAGAGGGUCCUGUAGUGAAAGAGCAGGGCAAGGCAGUCUCUCCUGCUAGUGACAAGCAGGAGGAAAGGGGUUCAGUCCUUAGUGAGAAGCAGAGGGUGGUGAAGUUCUAUGUAAGUGAAGAGUCAGAUGAUGAGACCCAUUCCUUUUUAGAUGGUAAGCCUGUGGCAAUGGAGUCAAAAGGAGAUGGUGAGGAGCAGGGGGAGUUGGGUUCUUCUGUAGUUGAGGAGCAGGUAGGGUCCCUACUAGAGAAGGAGAUGAGGUCUUCUGUAGUUGAAGAGGUGGGGUCCUUUGUAGAUGAGGAGCAGGAGGAAGUGGGGUCCCCGCAAGACGACGAGAACAGGGAGAUGGGGUCUUCUGUAGUUGAGGAAGAGGUGGGAUCCCCUGUAGGUGAGAAGGACAAGGAGGUGGGGUCCCCAGUUGAAGAGAAGGUUGUGUCCCUGUUAGGUGAGGAGCAGGAGAAGAUGGGGUCCCCACUAGAGGGGGAGGUUGGGGACCCAUUAGGUGAGGAGGUGGAGUCUUCUGGAGUUGAAGAGCAAGGGAAGGCAGAAAGUAUUUUAGAUGACGUCCAGGGUGAGGAGUCUGUUCUAGGUGAAGACCAGGGUGAGGUGGGUUCUCCUUUGGGUCCAGAGCAGGGAGAGGCAGGAGAGGCCGCAAACGCAUCUGCUGUGUCAGACAGAGAACAGGGAGACUCUGAGCUGCUUACAGAUGAGGAACAGCCUGAUGAACCACAGUCAGAGGCCAGAGGGUUAAAGAAAGUCACCUUUAUCCUGGAGCCAGAAAUGAUCAAUGACUCAGCCCUGUCUGAGCUGGACUCUUCAUCUAGCUGGAGAAGAGAAAGUAUGUCAGGGGCUGAGCUGAGCUCUCACGAUGAAACCAACACUGCUGAGAUGAUUGACCUGAUGUUUGAGGAGGUGCUGGAAGCUGCUGCCCAGGGAAGGAUGGAAGAGGAGGGUAAAGAGGACACUGAGGAUCACAACAGUGGCAUAGCCACAGUGAAGCGCAGAAAGGAGAAAACGGACACAGAGUUGGACAAGGAGAAAGCUGAGGAGGGUGAAGACCCGGAAAAGACCGGGGAACUGGACUCCAGUGUAGAUGAGCUACUGUCCUUCCCACCCAGCUGCAUCCUCUCCCCUCUCAGCAAGUCUGUGGAAGCUGUGGUCACUCCUAUGAGACUUGCAGCCAAUCAGCUAGCCAACCCUCCAUCCCUACUUCUGACUCCUGAAGAGCUGACCACUCCCCCUGCUGAUAGUGCCCCUCUCUACAGCAUCGAUGCCUACCGCACCCAGAGACAGAGCACCAAGCCAGCCAUUCAGAGUGUAACCCCAGGGGUGUCGAGGCGUGCCGCUGUGAAGUCCCAGCCCUGUGUCAACACCAAGGAAAGGAUCAUGAUUCUGAAUGAGGAUGCUGCCAAGCUGCAGACGGUCAUCAAUCAGACGUUGCAGGCCCUGAGCUGCUGCACUGACGAGGACCACGGCAGGGGUUCCCUGGAGGAGGCAGAGGCUGAUAAACUGCUGCUCGUCUCCUGUGAGAAGCGGGCAGCCCUGCUUGCUGAGGUGGCCAGGCUGAGGGAGAGGGGGCGCUCAGUCUCUGAGGAGCUUGAGGGGGGUGAUGGUGAAGGGGACUCCAGCAUGUCCCAGCAGCCCUGCAGGGGCACCGUCAGCAUCAGCCGUGUCCAGCUCCCUCUCAAGGUGGAGUUUGUCUGCUCUGCCCGCACACAAACAGGUCGGCCCACUCACUAUUUCUUUGUCCUGAUUCGCUAUGGACCUUGCAACAUCAUUGCGACCCCAUUGGCCACGGCAGCGGACGCCCAGAAUGGAGACACCAUCUCCUUCCCCACCUCCAUCACCCUGCAGGACAUUCGCUCCAACUUUGAGAUUGAUGUGGAGGUCUACAGCCUGUCCCACACCUCAGGGAACACCUGCAAUGUCGAUCUCCGCAGCUCCACCAGGUCAAGGGUCACCCCAAGGAAGCUUCUAAGCACCGUCAAGAGAUCCAACCACAGUGUGACAUCUUCUACCAUGCCACCCCUGAACACCCGGCGCACCAGCAACUUCUCUCUGGUUGGUUCUCACAAGAUCUCCUUGGCCUCCCUGGGCCAGAGCAAGUUCCCCCUGGACAAGAUGAAGUUUGAAGGCAAAAUCAGGAGACUCCUGGGAGAUGAGUUUCAGGAAAAGGUGCCCUUCCUAUCUCCACUAGAGGGAAACAUCUACCUGCAACUGGACAGUGAGAGCCACUCUAAUGUCCAGCACCAGGGCUUCCUUACCAUGUUUGAGGUGGUGAAUGGAUUUGGAGCUUGGCAUCGACGCUUCUUUGUCCUGGAGGGAAACCAAAUGUCCUAUUGGAACCACCCCAAUGACAGGGGCAGCAAGGCAGCAGAAGGCAGCAUCUCCCUGUCUAGUUCCUCUAGUCAGAGUGUGAAGCCAGUGAAGAGAGACUCCUGUGCUCGCCCCUAUACUUUUGAACUGGUCAGCAGCAUCCAGACUGCACAACAGGAUGACCAGGGAGCUCUGGCCAAGUGCUGGUUCUCAGCAGAUACAGGGGAGGAUCGAGGGGACUGGAUGGAGAACCUAAACCAGGUUCUCCUGGACCUGCAUACCUGGACUCGCUGUCCCCUGAACCAUGCUAAAGCACAGCCCAACAACCAGGACAGCUGUGGGAACAUUAGGGAGAGCAGUCUGUAACACACUAUUAUAUCAUAUAUAUCUUUAUGAAUUCUUAUGAUUACCAUUGGGAGAUUAUUUUAUAUGUGGUGAUAUUUUGCCUUACCUUGGAUUUGUCACUUCAAUAGCUCUUUAAAAUAGAGCUCCAUCUUGUGUGUUUUUUGGAUUAUAUAUGUACUAUUUACCUGAACUUGAAGAGGAUGAUUUAAAUAAAUCUGUAUCUACAAACACUACUAAAUAAGUAUCAAAGCUAUUGCAGAAGAGCCCUAACACUAAACUGAUGAUUAGUCCCAAUAGUUUAGUUAUAAUUUUCAUAAGACAAACACAAAAAAGCCAGACAUAGCUACUGGACAACAUUAUUUCACUACUACAGCGUUGCUGUAAUACCCUCUAAAGUGUAGAAAUCUGUCUCUCAGAAAUAAUAAGUCUGUACCUGACAAAAAACCUACCUAAUCUAGAAACUCAUGAAUUGAGUGACUCAACUAGAAUUGCGGUCAAGUUGAGUUAUAGUACUGUACUCAAAAAAUGGUGGUAUCUCCUACGAGGAUAAAAAUACUGACCAUUUCACGAGUUAAAUUGUGUUCCUUAAUUCAAAAUAUAUUGGUGUGUUGUGCAUAACAUAACAGGGGCCUGUCAACGAAGAUGGUACCCAAGCAUGUCAAAUGGAGUAUAGAAUGAUAUAAGGCCGGUGGGUGUUGGAGGUGUAGUAUAAUAUUAGUGCCUCAUCUGAUGAUGAUGAUGAUAAAUCCUAGUAGGAGCCUAAAAGGAGAUGAAUGUAUAUGCUGACUGUGGUCAACCAAUUAAUUUUUUUCCUUUUUCAUGUAUUUACUGUCAAUCUGUCGUUCUCUUUCUGUAUGUGGAUGUUAUCCCUAUAAACUACCUAUCAACAUUCUUAUAUGCACUUGAUUGAUAAAGGUACUACCAGUAAAUAAUAAAAAUGGGUCUAAUAGCAUACCCUAUCAGAUGAA